CACAACAACGUUGAUAACAAUAAUUUUGUUUUAAAUAAGUAUUAACUCUCUUGUCUCUCUCCCCCUCCCCCUUAGGAAGCCAUUUUGUGGCUCUAAGAAUGUCGUUGCCAUCUCUAGAUAGAAGACGUUCAAAUGGUGAAAUAAGGAACUUGGCCUCAAUUUCUAGCAGUCUUUUACCUGCACUUGGAACUACCCCUGACGAAGGUUACUUCAACCUAAAAAAAUAUAUCAUUGCUCCCUAUGAUCGCAGAUAUCGAUUGUGGCAAACGUUCCUAGUGGCAUUGGUGGUAUAUUCUGCAUGGUCAUCUCCAUUCGAGUUAGCUUUCAGAGAGAUGUCAAUUGAGCCGUUGUUGAUCACGGAUCUCUUUGUCGAUGCUUUCUUUGCAUUUGAUAUAAUCCUAACUUUCUUUGUGGCUUACUUGGAUACAUCGACUUAUUUCCUCGUUGAUGACCAUAAGAAGAUUGCAAUCAGGUACGUCAAACAUUUACACUUCCCCAUGGAUCUAGCUUCCACGCUACCAUUUCAGCAGAUAUACCAAGUUAUAGCAGGCACACCACACGGAAGAGCGGGAGUAUUUGGUUUUUUAAACAUGCUUAGACUCUGGCGGUUGAGGCGUGUUAGCGAGCUCUUCUCAAGGUUAGAGAAAGACAUAAGGGUUAGCUACUCGUUAACAAGAGCCUCUAAACUUUUAUGCGUUACACUAUUUGCAGUGCACUUCACAGGCUGCAUGUAUUUUUGGUUGGCUUUCCAUCACAAAUCACCCGAAAACACAUGGAUAGGGAAGCAGGUAGAGGAUUUUAAGCAUGGGAGCGUCCGUUCGGGUUAUACUUACUCCAUGUACUGGUCUAUUGUAACCCUUAGCACUGUUGGUUAUGGAGAUUUACAUGCAGAAAAUACAACAGAGAAGGUUUUCAAUAUUUUUUAUAUGUUGUUUAACAUCGGCCUCACUGCAUAUAUUAUCGGAAACAUGACAAAUCUGGUGGUUCAUAGCUCUGUCGGAACCUUUGCCAUGAGGGAUGCCUUCAACAAAAUAUUACAAUAUGCGAGCAAAAAUAGACUACCCGAAGGUUUGAAGGAGCAAAUGUUGGCACAUACACAACUGAAGUUUAAGACAGCAGAGUUACAGCAAGAAGAAGUGCUACAAGACCUGCCUAAAGCAAUUAGAGCCGGUAUUGCUCAGCAUCUUUUCCACAACGUGGUUGAAAAAACAUAUCUAUUUAAAGGACUCUCAGAUGAUUUUAUCUCCCAGCUGGUAUCAGAUAUGAAAGCAGAAUACUACCCUUCUAAGGUUGACAUUAUCUUGCAAAAUGAGAUGCCAGCAUAUUUCUACAUUUUGGUAUCUGGAUCGGUGGAUGUGUUGACAUACAAGAAUGGGUCUGAACAGUUUUUGUUCAAACUAGAAUCUGGAAGCAUGGCAGGAGAAAUAGGUGUGAUGUUUAAUAUCCCACAACCUUAUACAGUGAGAAGUAGAAGACUCUCACAGGUUAUACGAAUCAAUCAUCAUCAUUUCAAGCAAAUGGUGAAACCAUUUAGUAAAGAUGGGAAGGCAAUCAUCAGCAACUUCACUCAGUUUUUGAAGGGCCUAGGUGGAGGGGUGUUGGAAGAAAUACCGCAUGUAGCAGAAUUUUUGAGUGACCUGCCUGACAAGCGCCCAACACAAAAUGACAGCACAUGCGAUGAAGAUGAUCAAUACAAAGGACAAACAGAAAAUUCCAGUCCACUGUCAAACCUAGACCCCAUUAGAGUCAAAAUUCACGGACAUCAACCAAAUGAAAAAAUUAAAAAUGGAACAACACCGAAGCUCAUUAUUCUACCAGAUUCAGUCGAAGAUCUUUUCAGAGUAGCAGAGAAAAAGUUUGGAAAAAGAGGAAGCAAAAUUGUUAUGGCUGACGGCUCAGAAGUAGAAGAUCUAAGUGCCUUAAGAGACAAUGAUGAGUUAUAUAUCCUCUAAUCAUCACAUCAAACAGAGAUAAUGACAAUCCUCUAAAAUGAUGAAAACUAAAAUUAAGAAGAAAAAAAAGUAAGAAAAACACGCAUCAAAAUUGAAAUAUGUGGAAAUACUAAAAUUCGUGUAAAUUAAAACUAAAAUUAAAAUGAAAUAGAUGGAAUAAUACCCUAGGACUUUUUAAUCUC